GCGGACCGGCUGGGUGAGCAGCGCGCAGGCGCGAGCGGUCUGGUUCCUGACGCGCGCAGCGCGGUUGAAGCCAGAGUGAGUUGCUGAGGAGAGCAGGCGGCUACUUCUAUCUCCAGCAUGGCAGCUCUGCGCUAUGCGGGCCUGGAUGACACGGACAGUGAGGAUGAGCUGCCUCCGGGCUGGGAGGAGAGAACCACCAAGGACGGCUGGGUGUACUACGCCAAUCACACCGAGGAAAAGACCCAGUGGGAACAUCCGAAAACUGGGAAGAGAAAACGAGUUGCAGGAGACUUGCCGUAUGGAUGGGAGCAGGAGACCGACGAGAACGGACAAGUGUUUUUUGUUGACCACAUAAAUAAAAGAACUACCUACUUGGAUCCAAGAUUGGCAUUUACCGUGGAUGAUAAUCCGACCAAGCCGACCACCAGACAGAGAUACGACGGGAGCACCACCGCCAUGGAGAUACUGCAGGGCCGAGACUUCACGGGCAAGGUGGUCCUGGUUACCGGAGCCAAUUCAGGAAUAGGGUUCGAGACUGCCAAGUCCUUCGCCCUCCAUGGUGCGCACGUGAUCCUGGCCUGUAGGAACAUGAGCAGAGCCAGCGAGGCCGUGUCCCGCAUUCUGGAGGAAUGGCACAAAGCCAAGGUAGAAGCAAUGACCCUGGACCUGGCCGUGCUCCGUAGCGUGCAGCAUUUCGCUGAAGCAUUCAAGGCCAAGAAUGUGCCUCUUCAUAUACUUGUGUGUAACGCGGGGACUUUUGCUCUACCCUGGAGCCUCACGAAAGAUGGCCUGGAGACGACCUUCCAGGUGAACCACCUGGGACACUUCUAUCUUGUCCAGCUCCUGCAGGACGUUUUGUGUCGCUCAGCCCCUGCCCGUGUCAUCGUGGUUUCUUCCGAGUCCCACAGAUUCACAGAUAUUAACGACUCCUCCGGGAAACUUGACCUCAGCCGCCUGUCUCUAUCGAGCAGUGACUACUGGGCCAUGCUGGCUUAUAACAGAUCCAAACUCUGCAAUAUCCUGUUCUCCAAUGAACUGCACCGUCUCCUCUCCCCACGCGGGGUCACGUCCAACGCACUGCACCCUGGAAACAUGAUGUUCUCAGCCAUCCAUCGCAACUCAUGGGUGUACAAACUGCUGUUCACCUUGGCCAGGCCAUUCACCAAAUCCAUGCAACAGGGAGCCGCUACCACUGUCUACUGCGCGGUCGCUCCCGAGCUGGAGGGCCUCGGAGGGAUGUACUUCAACAACUGCUGCCGCUGCCUACCAUCUGAAGAGGCUCAGAAUGAAGAGACAGCCAGGGCCCUGUGGGAACUCAGCGAGAGGCUCAUCCAGGAUCGACUGGGCAGUCCCUCCAGCUAAUCAGAGCAACAUAAUGUCGGGCAAACCUCCACCCAUGCUCUGACCCCCAUCACAGUCAGCCCCAUCAUCCUGGGUGCCCUGAAACCUCCAGUGCAGGGCGAUGCGAGCAAAUAAGAGUGGCCAUAAUCAAUGGGAAAACAUAAUCCGUGGGAAGCAGGGAAUUUCAAGGGACGAUGUCCCUUUUCUAGGACAGGGUUAAUUGUGGGACUGCUUGCUUUUCUGGUGUUAGCUUGCUUGAAAAUGGUUAGCUUGGAGGUUCGCUUUGGAAGCACACAUGAUUCUCUAUCAAACUUAGAAUAGCCUAAUAUACCCUUGACUGCCACCACUGCCACCACUGCCAUCACUGCCACCGCUGCCACCCAAGGCCAGCUUUCUCCUGUUAACGGAAGAAAAAUGCACAUGUUCACGUCUCCAUGCUGAGUCCACUCCUGGAGGCCAUUGUUUCAUACUUCCCAGGUCUGAACAGGCGUGGCAACUUGAGAGCAGCUCGGUACCUUGUCCCAACCGAACCAAUGCGACGGUGCCAAUCAGAGGGGAGCAGAGUCGGUGUGGGCAGAGCCACUGGGUCCCAGAAGCACCAUUCACUGUCCUCCUUGCCAAAGUUACACAAGCAAUUCUUUAGCAAUUGUAACAAAUACAUUUUACAUUUUGCAAAUCAUUCCCUAGAUACACAGGCGGGCAAGGAAGGAGGCAAGGCGUCCUUAAGAUACACGGGUUAUGCUUGAGGUGGGAAACAGGGAGGUCCUUCCCUCCAUUCUUGACUCCUCAGUUCCAAGAACAAUUCCGUUAGUGGCUGUCCCAGCCUCUCAGUCCUCCGGAGUUAGCUUACCCUGGCUCCUCCCAUCCUAUACUUAAUAAACGAACAUGCUUGGCUAA